GCUAACGCUCUCACCUCCGUCAUCUUCAUUUUGCAGUGCCCAGCAUAUGUAGCUAGAACUUCGACAUAAUGCGUACAGAGGCAGUAAGGCAACAUGCAGCUCAACUGGCCAACCUUUAUAUGUACCACCGACCAGUAAUCCAACGUUGUCUCAAUAUCGGCUUCGUACUCUAUAGUCUUUCCAGCACAUAUCGUUCGCUCUCUGCUCGCUCAAGUCGGCCAAAGGACAAGUACAAGGACAAGGGAAAGGCGCGAGACGACGGAACUGCACUUACUAAGAAAUCUCCGAGAGUUGCGGUCGACGCAGUUUUCUAUCAAAGGCUCUCUAAUAUCCUGAGGAUUGUGAUACCAAGUAUCAGAUCCAAAGAAGCGCUACUGUUGUUCAUGCACUCCAGCCUCUUGAUAUUCCGAACUGCGAUUUCCUUGUAUGUUGCGGCGCUAGAUGGAAAGAUAGUUGCUUCAUUAGUCCGCGCACAGCCCUUGUCGUUCCUCCUCAACAUUCUGAAGUGGUUAUUAGUCGCUAUUCCUGCUACAUGGACCAACAGUUGGCUCAGCUAUGUCCAGAACAAACUUGCACUUGCAUACCGUACUCGAUUGACAGACGAGGUCUUGAAACAGUAUCUGGGCGCCGGAGAGAACGAUCCUGGUGGCAAGGUAUACUACAAACUAGCCAAUCUGGAUGACCGGAUAAAGAAUCCCGACCAGAUGAUCACCCAUGACAUACAGCGUUUCUCCAAUCACUUAGCAGCCAUAUACGCCAAUCUUGCUAAACCAACUCUCGAUGUCAUUUUGUAUAAUUAUCAACUUUCAAAGAACGUCGGUGCGGAAGGCCUCAUCAUUCUGACUGUACUUGUUCAAUCUUCUGCCGCUCUGCUGCGUGCUUUGACUCCCCCGUUUGGUGUCUACACGGCACUUUCGGCCCAACUCUCGGGCUCAUUUCGCCACACUCAUUCUCGUCUCGCUGAGUUCUCCGAAGAGAUCGCUUUCUUCGGAGGCGAAGAGACGGAGAAGAUGCUUGUUGAACGCGAGUAUGCUGGCCUCGUGAUACAUGAGAAUACAGUCUUGGGGAAACGUUGGUGGCAUGGAUGUGUUGAAGAAGGUAUCGUCAAGUGGGUGUGGGGAAGUUUUGGGCUGUGCCUCUGCGCUAUCCCUGUAUUUUUUCGCUUACCGGGUGUGUAUACAGUAGAUCUGGGGAGCAGGACUGAAAGCUUCGUGACGAACCGUCGCCUUUUGCUUUCUUCAUCCGAUGCAUUCGGUCGAGUGAUGUACUCAUACAAGGACCUCUCUGAGCUGGCUGGUUAUACUGCUCGAGUAGCUCUGUUGUUGGACACCAUGGCAGACGUACGCAAAGGCAAGUUUAACAAAGCACUAGUCAGCAGCGCCAGCAACGAGGAGCAUGCGAGGAUCCUCAAGGGUCGAGGUCAAGUUGUGGAAUCGGAAGAAAUUCAGUUUGAGAAUGUUCCCAUUGUAACACCGAAUGGUGACGUUCUGCUUCGCAGCCUGAGUUUUCAUGUCAAGCCAGGGCAACAUCUGUUGAUAGUUGGACCCAACGGUUGCGGAAAGUCAUCGCUAUUCCGUAUAUUGGGUGGUCUUUGGCCAGUAUACGGUGGCGUCGUCCGGAAACCUGCUGCGUCGCAAUUCAUUCUCAUUCCACAAAGGCCAUACCUGCCUUUGGGCACUCUCCGAGACCAAGUGAUCUACCCUCACUCCAAAGUUGACAUGGAAGCGAAGGGUAUCACUGAUGAUGACCUACUUCAAAUACUCUCUCUCGUAAAUAUGACAAGCAUUGUCGAACGUGAGGGAGGUUGGGAUGCUGCUCGUGAAUGGAGGGAAGCGCUCAGUGGCGGAGACCAACAGAAGAUCGCUUGGGCAAGACUGUUCUACCACAGAGCAAAAUAUGCUGUUCUGGACGAAGCAACCUCGCUUGUCCCUCCAGAUAUGGAGGGCCAGAUGAUGGAUCAUGCAACAGAACUUGGGAUCACACUGUUGACAGUGUCCCACAGGCCUUCAUUAUGGCGAUAUCAUUCCAUGAUCCUACAAUAUGACGGUCAAGGUGGUUACGUCUUCACGAAAUUGGAUGCAGAAAAACGACUUGCGCUGCAACAAGAGAAGGAAGCUUUGGAAGCCAAACUGUUGGAGGUACCAAACAUGAAGGCAAGGCUCGAGGAGCUGCGGUCUGCUGCGGAAGAACGUGCACAUUGAGUGCAGCGCUGUGACAGACUUCAUUCCGGUCCAGCUCCAUUGUAGUCAUAUUGGUGGGUAACUCGCAAUGCGUGUUCGGCGAAUGGUGGGAUUUGGAGGAUUUAAUCGGCGUAGGUUGUCAAGCUCUUUGAAAUCAGGCGGAAAACUGUCGCUGACUCCAUCAUGAGCAAGAGAGAGCCGCUGUAUCCCCGAUACUAGUUUACUGUAUUUUAGUGUGAGUUGUAAUGCUGGUCUAUGGUGUGAAAUGCAGAGUUCCAGGAGCUCCAUUAAUAGUCUCGAUUUUGAAGUCGACCUAGCCAAGUUAGCAUUCCAUAU